AUAAGGACUUAACCCACAUCUCCUUGACAAGUUGCUUUAUUCUUCUUUAACUUGUGCACAUCAAAAAACAGAAGGAUGAAGCGACAAUUUUUCACAGUUACUGUGUUGAAGUAUUUGCUGCUAGUCAAUCAAGCAGGAGUGGAAGCGCAGUAUGACGACGAGGGACUACUUGAGGAGUACCUCAGUGCAACCCAGAACUCCACGAUUUCUUGGGAAGACGAUGAUUCAUCUACUCCCUGCAGCCUAAAUGUGCCUGAAUUUAGCGGCUUGGGCCUGAUGAUCGUCUACUUCAUCGUGUUUGUUUUCAGCCUCUUUGGUAACAGCGUAGUGAUCUACGUGGUUUACUAUAUGAGGAAAGGUAGAGUCAGCACAGAUAUCUACUUGAUGCACCUGGCGUUGUCAGACCUCCUCUGCUGUCUCACCCUCCCGUUCUGGGCGGUGGACAAGCACUUCGGUUGGAUGUUUGGCAACCUCCCCUGCAAACUCCUGUCAGGCUUUCAGGAGGCCUCGGUGUACAGUGGCGUCUUCCUGCUGGCGUGCAUCAGCGUGGACCGUUACUUUGCCAUUGUGAGAGCCACUCGAGUGCUGCCCUCUCAUCACCUGCUGGUCAAAGUGGUGUGCGGCGUUGUGUGGCUGGUGGCCGGAGCGCUGGCCUUACCUGUGGCGAUUAAGAGGGAGAGCACGUACGAUGACCUCCUUGAGCAGUUCGUCUGCUAUGAAAACCUCACUAACGAAAGCAGUGAGCAGUGGAGAGUCAGCAUACGUCUUCUGAGGCACACGGUGGGCUUCUUCCUGCCCCUGGUGGUGAUGGCUGUCUGCUACAGCUGGACCGUGGUGACGCUGUUCCACACGCGCAGUCAACAGAAGCACAAGGCCAUGCGUGUCAUCCUGGCAGUGGUGUUGGCGUUUAUCGUGUGCUGGCUGCCCUACAACGUCACCGUGCUGAUCGACACGCUCAUACGAGGCGAUACAAUCGAGUCCCCGCCGUGUGAAACUAUCUACAGAGUGGAAGUGGUGCUGAAUGUGACCCAGGUGUUAGCCUUCAUGCACUGUGCAGUGAAUCCGGUCCUGUACGCCUUCAUCGGGGUGAAGUUCCGAAACCAGCUGCUCUUAGCACUUUACAAACACGGCUUCAUCAGCAAGAGGCUUCAGAUGGCUUACAAAAAGAGCUCUGUCAGCAGUAUCAGAUCCAGAAACACCUCCGUUAAUGGUGAAUUCUAAGUCCUGAUGGGUGAUUAGCUGGUGGUGAUUUUUUCAUCUGUUUAAUAUUUAGAAGGAUCUGCUUGAUUAUUUAAAUCUGAGUCAAAUGUCCCAUCUAAAAUUAUGUGCACUGUCUGAAUUUUAAUGAUUAAUCUUUGAUUUUUGGGAAAAAAACAUCAAUAACAAUAUACGUAGCAUGAGCUGACAGGUAAUCGAUCUUAGCAGAAAGACAAACAACACGAUAAAAUUUCUAGUGUGGUUCUGUUAAAAGCUGCCAAAAGCAUUUCUAUGUACCACUUAUUAAUAUGUUGGAUCUUCUUUGUUAUGUGUCAAGGCAUGUCCUAUCCUAAGGCAGUGUUUUUUUUUACAUUUAGGUGGUUAAGUGGAUUUUGUUAACUUUCCACAGAGCCAGGUUUGGGUUUUUUUCCCACCUGAUUUAAAACUUUUAUUUAAAAAAACAAAAGGUCCUUCGAAUCACGUUAACAGUUAGACAGUACUGCUGAGUAAUUAGUCUCCUAUUUGAUUGUAUAUAGAAAAUGUAGAUGAUGAACAAGACUAUGAAUAAAGUUGGUUCGUCACUUCAGGGCUUCAGGAUCAUGCCAUUGCCCAGAUGUAACAUUUACAUGUAGGACCGCAUUUUUAUUAAACAACUUGAAGGAUUAUUGAUAAUUAAGUCCAACAGGUUCACGUUCUAUAAGAAAAAGACAUAAAACUAGAAUCUGCCAUCAAAUUGCUUGAUGAGAAACCUGCUUCGGUGGAGCCUUCAUUUCACUGCUUUGAGAACUGGUGCAAAUAUUAAGAUUUGUUGUUUUUACAGUUUUGCAAAGCUUGUUUGUGACUUCAUGAAAUGAAAAGACCUACAAAUCCUUUACUAAUGCAAUGUUUUGAGACACUGCAGUGUUUCCAUUUUUUAACACCUUUGUUCUCCUCUUAGUUUUGACCUUUUACUGCAAAACGGCACAAAACAUGUUUUUCUGGCUAUCAGGUAUGGCAAUCUUUUAAACAGGAUGAAGUGGUGAAAUCUGCUCUCUGUUUCCAGAAGCAAUACAUACUGUGUGUGUCUAUGAUGAUGACUUUCAUUUGUGCAACAAUUCUGUGGUAGGAAACAGAACAUCAUACUUCAUAAUAAGUGCUGUAAUCUUGAAGUGCUGCAUGUUUUUCAUUGUCCUGCAACUUGUUUUGUGCAUUAUCAAUAAAAUAUAUUCCGUGU